AUGCUGUCUACAAGCCGCUCCCUAGACACAUCCUCAUCCCUUCUGAGCCCUCAACCUAGUCUACUGCUCCUAGACUGCGGUUCCGACCAUACGCUGGCUUGGGACACCGAAAGUGCAAAGGCAGAGAUAUCUGCUCGCGCACCGGCGUAUCCCUCUCCACCCAUGUCAGGGUCUCCUCCUCUGCCGCCGAAAGACCCUCGAAAUUUCUAUGACCGAAGUGAAGGCUUUGGCGCGUAUUCCACAAACAGCUCGCAAGAUGUUUAUACAACGAAUUCGGGACAGCCACGACCAGUAGAUCUACGGUUACAACUUCCGCCGCCGCGACGGCCACCACCACCACAAUACCACCCUCGCAUAUCUGUACAAUAUCAGCCAGAAUCAAAUAUGGAACCCCCGUAUGGAUAUCAAGGACCGGAGGGACGGACGGUACAAGCGGCUUUGUAUUCGUCACGCGAACCUCCUGACGUCAACAAGGGACAACAUCUUCAACCGUAUGGCUCCACGGCAGCUAGCACCAGUUCUACAAGUCAGCAGUCCGUAGAGAGCGGGCCCAAUUCGAUAGAAAAUCAAUCGAUGAGCUCUCCUAAGUCUCAGCGCAAAACCAAAGGUCACGUUGCCUCAGCUUGUGUUCCCUGCAAAAGAGCACACCUCCGAUGCGAUGCACAGCGGCCAUGCUCUCGGUGUAUGAGUAACGGAAAAGAAGAUUCCUGUGUUGACGUACAGCACAAAAAACGUGGGAGGCCUCGACUACGAGAUGACAGAGAUGCUCGGUUUGAUCCUUUGCGACCGCCUCACUCCCAGGAUGUGUCUCCAAGACGCCCUUUGAGCAUUUAUCCCUCUACUGGUACUGGCCCUCCUUUAUUUGACGAUCCUUAUCAGAGACAUCCAUCAUUUCGGCAGCCAGAGAUAUCGACCGGUAAUAGCUUCUCGGCAAGGCCUGGCGAACGAGCAUCGUCAUCGGAUUCGAAUAGUUAUAACACUUCUCUUUCAGCUACGCCGGGAUCAUCAGAGCCUGUUGCCUAUUUGACUAUGGCCCUCGAAUUUGUUAAAGGCUCUGUAUCGUUCUGGGACGCGGCUGGUUUGCCAAACAUGGCUGGUCGCAACUUAGGGGAUGUAGUCUUGCCCGCCGAGCUCGAAAAGGUGUCACAAAUCCAAAGCCAUUUCAAUAGUGAGCAGAAGAGACGGGAGCCAAAUUAUUUGCCUCCAAUCCUAGGCACCGGCUCUCAGAGUAUCCAGGGACUUGGGUUUACUAUUGAAGAUUUCGGGCGGUUUCCGCUGAACUUUCAUGAUCAUAUGGCAUUUGUGGGCGCAAAUGGCUACGCCCGACCAAUGGCAAUUCGUGCGGGCCUGGCAAAAGAAGGCUCCUUUUACUUUAUUGUAUUGCUACUUAAUAUCCCACCAAGACAACCGCCGAUACCCCCGACCGCCAUACUACCCAGAGCGCAAUCCAAUCUACCGUACAAACGACCCAACCCAGAGAUAUUGUUUACACAACGUCCACCCUUUGAUCCUAUCCGGAAUCGAUCCAGCGAGAAUUUCCACACAGCUAGUUUAGCUGCAGAACCAUCUAAUCCUCGAAGACCAGCGGGUCUUGUAGAGCAGGGUUCAAAUCAAGCAGGACGACAAUAUGAAGGAGCAAUGGAGAGGCAACCUUACACUGGACGGUCAUAUCCAACUACCCAACAAGAAGCCGCUGGGCAAAAUUAUACGAGCCUGCAACAAGGCUUUCGGCUUCCCCCUAUACGAUCUCGAACGGAACGACCAACGCUUCGUGAACCGGCGACCUGGAACCGUGGCGAACGGUCAAGCCGUGUUGACAUAGGGGUCUUGAUAGACAAACCGGGAGAUCCCACAAGAUUUCGAGACGAACGUUGCCCUUGA